AUGAACAUUAUAUCAACUAACUAAAACCGGAGCGUCUUAUGGGUUUUAUUUUUUAUAAUCUCGUAGGACACCAUACAUCAUGCCACCCAAAGAAACCGCUAAAAAGCCAACGCCACAAAUACAUCGACCAAACAUAAGUGAAUCCAGUCUCAACUUUGUCCCAGAAGAAGCUAUAAAAGGUUUCCAAGAGAGAAUAGAGCACGGAGUUAACUGGACUCUACUUGCUGAAGCUGGGAGAUACCAUAGACAAAAAUGCCAACAGAAGAAGAUACAAAAUAAAUCAUUUUCGGAGGCACUAAAGUGUAAAAUAAGUAAAAGCAUACUCCAUAACUUUCUGGAUGAAUCGUCAACAUUAAGCUUACAACAGCAAUGGGAAGUGUUACUGCCGACAGUGAUGUGGGACAACGAGAAGUUCACCAACGAAGAAGGCAAAAUAUGCUUUGAUAAUGUCAACUGUAUUACUGACAACAUGGUGCCUCUGAUCAGGAGAGCGGUGUAUUUAGACGAGCGAGCUGCUUUAAAGAAUGACCUGAAAUUGGUUAACGUUUUGAGAGUUACUGAUUCUGAGAUGACAGAGCUAGAUGUCGGGUUAAAAGAUUUCAAGCGAUUGGUAACCCUCAAUCUGAGUUGUAAUUUUUUAGAGGAUAUCGACACCAGGUUGUUACCGGAUUCGUUACGAUUGUUGGAACUGCAGGCGAAUAGAAUCAAAAGCUUAUCAUCCUUUAGCAAGGGUUUAUCAACCGAGCUGGUAUAUAUAGGUUUAAGCAGGAAUAUGCUUAGCAAUGAAAGCUGCAAAAGUUUGUUGGACCUUCCACGUCAUUUAACUGUCGUCGAUCUCUCAGCUAACGACAUCUAUGAUCUUAAUAGUGCACUAGAUGGCUUAGUGCACUUGCAUGGUCUCACAUCUCUACAACUUAUUGGAAACCCUUGUUCGGUGUGCGCAGCGUAUGCUCGUACCACUCUUCUGCGGCUGCCCCGUCUCCAGUGGCUGGAUUGCAGAGAAGUCCUGCCAUCUGACAGACCUCAAGAUGGCUUCGAACCCCACCCAGACGACUUGCGUUCUGGUUAUUUCAACUUCUCUGUAUUCCGGAUCAUGUCGGUACCUCAGCCGCCCAAGCCUGAGAAGAGCCGGCUGCACGCACGAAAAAACAUGACUCAUGCGGCGUUACCUCGCUCUGAGGCGUUCCAUGUAAGGCUUGAAGUGCAAGCGAGAGCGCGGAACGAGCGACAAAGAAGCACAAUCGGCCUUUGCGUUCGGCAGCGUUGAACUACCCUCGUCCUAUUCUCAACAGAAUAACACAGAUUGUAAGAAAUUAAAUAUUACACAUGUUUAAA